AUGACGGAAGAGCUGAGCUACAUCAAGAUCAAAACAGCCAAUGAGGCACGCCUGGCCGAGGAGGCACGGACAGAGACGCUGAAGCGGAACAUCAUCGUGCUCAUGCUUCAUCACCUGCAAAUGCACAGCUAUGUGGAAACGGCCGCUGCGCUCGAGGCCGAGGCCGGUGUGAGCUCGGGGCGGUUUACCGUCUGUGACAACAUCGACCUCAUUAGCAUUGUCCAAGAGUUUGAAGCCUUUUACAAGAUUAAGUUUGGCCGUGCCCCAAAACUCAUCAAGAAGCAAGCCCCAACCAGCGCAGAGCUGCGACCGGGUCGGCUUCAGGCCAAAAAGGCCGCCAAUAAAAUGCGUCAGUCUGCUUCGCCAGCCUCGACUGGAGCUGGAUCAACUGGAGGCGGACCAUCUCUACCUCGCGUUGAGAGCCCUCCCGGCAUCGGGUCGGGCAGUGGUGCGGGAUCGGGUGGCAGCGGCGGCGGGGGACGUCGGCGUCCAGAAUCAACCAUGCGACGCCAAGGCAACAGCAGUGGCAAUGGUGCCGGCGCCACCCUUGCCUCCGCUGCCAACGGUGUCAAACCAUUGCCUCCUAGCACCCGCCGUAGUGGAGGUCGCCCCGUUCGCACACCAGAUGCCACGGGCGGCUCCGACAAUGGCAUAUUACCAGACCUGGACCUGGCCGUCCAGGCCACCUCCGUCGCCCAACCGGCGGGUGGUCGAGCCGGAACCAAGAGUCGCCCUCAGGUGAUUGAUGUCAAGUCUCAGCUGGCAGAUGCCGUUCAACACGCUACACGUGAAGCUCUUGAUGGUUACAACCACCAUGACGACAAACUACUGAAGCCAAUCGCUGGCUUUGGCUACACGGGUCAAAUGCGCGACCUGGCCAACGUUAUUAGCCGAGAUAUCUACUCCCAAAAUCCCAACGUAAGGUGGACCGACAUUAUUGGAUUGGACAAGGCGUGCAAGCUGGUCAAGGAAGCCGUCGUUUAUCCCAUUCGAUACCCGCAACUCUUUCGCGGCAUCCUGUCCCCAUGGAAAGGCCUGUUGCUUUAUGGCCCCCCGGGAACCGGCAAAACCAUGCUGGCCAAGGCCAUUGCCACUGAAUGCCAGACUACCUUUUUCAACAUUUCAUCUUCUUCCAUUGUUAGCAAAUGGCGCGGCGACUCGGAAAAACUGGUGCGCGUUCUUUUUGAACUCGCAAGGUACCAUGCCCCCUCGACCAUUUUCCUGGAUGAGCUGGACUCGAUCAUGUCCACCCGUGAUGGUGGCGAAGGCAAGCGCCGCCUGCACGGUGGCUCGAGCGAUCACGAGGGCAGCCGGCGCAUGAAAACAGAGCUUCUCAUGCAAAUGGACGGACUUAGCAAGAGCGAUGAUCUGGUUUUCGUGCUUGGUGCUUCGAACCUACCCUGGGAACUGGAUCCGGCCAUGCUGCGGCGACUGGAAAAACGUAUUCUGGUCGACCUACCGACCCAGAGCGCACGCGAGGCCAUGUUCCGGCAUCAUCUGCCUGAUGUCACCGUGACGGAUGAGGAGGAUGGUGUCAUGCUGCGAGCUGAUGUGGAAUAUGCCCGUGCUGCACAGGCCACAGAGGGUUAUUCUGGAUCGGACAUUCGAUUGGUAUGCAAGGAAGCGGCCAUGCGACCCGUGCGAAAGAUUUUUGAUAUGUUGGAGUCAGGCAACGCCGAGCCGCUGCGAAAUGCUACCCUUGACCCCGUUGUGACCGAGGAUGUGCUGGCAGCCAUCGCUACCACCAAGCCAUCGGCGUCAGGUCUACAGGACCGAUACAAGCGUUGGCAGUCUGAAUUUGAAUCCGUCUAAGCAAGACCCCGCUCUUGCAUCACCCUGCCAGCAUACGCCACGCGGAAGCUGCGAUGCCCGGGUGACUCCCAGUGCUAAGCGCUCGGAUUCAGCCCAUCUGCCUCCAUCCCAGCUCCUUCUGAGGACAUGGUUUUAACUGACUUACAUCAUUGCCGUGUGUCUGACACAGCCCAUGGCCGUUUCUGAAAUUGAAAAGCCGCAUCAUGUAUGUAUGUGGUGAUAAGAUG